CAUUUUUCUGUUUUGGUAUUUAAACAAGAGGCUUGUUUGAAAAGCCAGUAUGCUUUUUAAAGGGGAAAAAAGUGACCGAGGAUGGAUGCUCUUGCAUCAACUCAUCAUUUUUUACUGAAAGACUAUACGAAACUACUGUGCAAACUACUGAGUAGGCUACAAAGAAAAUCGUUGUAUAUGCAUAUUGCAAUGUGUUUUGUAUAAAAGAAAAUUGGACAAAUACUUUUAAACCUAAAAGAAAAUGUUGUUUACCCUCUCCAUUCUUAAUUCUGUGGUAUUACAUGCAAAAGGGGCUACAGUUUUUACUCCUGGAGGCUGAAGGAUUAACUUACUGAAAGGAGUGCAAAGCUUGGCGUGUGUGAAGUAGUCAAGAUCAUUUAAAAUUGAUUUUUGUAUUAGCAAGCAGGAAAAUGCACACUCUAGAUUUGCUUGCUUAAAAGUUCUAGCGUUUAGCAAUGGAAAGCCCGCAAACAAACUUCCAUCUCGGUCUAGGUUCAGACCAAAAAAGGAGUGGGGUCCACGAGGAUGAGAGUCCUGCAAUAAAAAAAGUAAUGACAGAAAUGCAUGUAAAUAGCAAAGUACGAGUUGUAAUAAAUAGACUGCCAACAAUAAAGAAGGAAAACUUGGAUGACUAUGAUGAAACUCCUGUGGAGGCUGAUGGGGAAAACGCCAAGCCAAACAGUGCUUCAAUAUCUGAGCCUUUGAAUUUAAAUCCAGGUUUGAAACACACGCUGGCACAGUUCCACUUAAGCAGCCAGAGUUCACUGGGAGGGCCAGCAGCUUUUUCAGCUCGUUAUUCCCAGGAAAGUAUGUCACCCACUGUCUUCUUGCCUCUUCCAUCACCGCAAAUACUUUCUGGUCCACUGCUCAUUCCUCCAGACAGCUCUACAGAACUCACUCAGACUAUAUUGGAGGGGGAAUCUAUUUCUUGUUUUAAAGUUGGAGGAGAAAAGAGACUUUGCCUGCCGCAAGUUUUGAAUUCAGUUCUCCGAGACUUUUCAUUGCAACAGAUUAAUACAGUGUGUGACGAGCUGUAUAUAUAUUGCUCAAGGUGCACGUCCGACCAGCUUCACAUUCUGAAGGUUUUGGGAAUUCUUCCAUUUAAUGCUCCAUCCUGUGGGCUAAUUACGCUGACUGACGCUCAGAGACUAUGCAAUGCUUUAUUACGUCCUCGCACUUUUCCUCAAAAUGGCAGCUUUCUCCCUGCGAAGAGCACAUUGGCCCAGUUGAAAGAGUCUGGCAGUGCCUUUGAAGUAGAGCAUGAGUGCUUGGGCAAAUGCCAGGGUUUGUUUGCACCUCAGUUCUACCUGCAGCCGGAUGAUCCCUGUAUCCAGUGUUUGGAGUGCUAUGGAAUGUUUUCGCCCCAGACGUUUGUGAUGCAUUCACAUAGAUCCCCUGAUAAAAGGACCUGUCACUGGGGCUUUGAAUCAGCCAAAUGGCAUUGCUACCUUCAUAUUAACCAAAAAUACUUAGGAACAUCGGAGGAGAGGGAACUGAAGCAUCUCUUGGAGGAAAUGAAGGAGAAAUUUAGUGAGAAAAAUCAGAAAAGAACUCGGUCCAAAAUGGAUUCACAGCAGAGCCUAGAACUGUCGCAGUGGUAUCCAGUUAUAAAGCAAGAAGCAGAAACUGCUAUUCAGCCACCCUCCUUUGUCCAUCCCAGUUACUACCUUUACAUGUGUGAUAAAGUGGUUGCCCCAAAUGUAUCUCUUGCAUCACAAUAUAAAGAAGUUGCAAAAACGGCAGUCAGACCAGAAGUAAUUAAAUCCUCGCUUGGACAGUCAGAGAAGCAACCCAGUAGUGGAAAGCACAAAAAAGCUGCUUCCUAUCCAGAGCUUUCUCUUGAAGAACAGGAAAAAAUUGACUUGAAAACUGGUGUGGAACAGCAUAAACGUUUAGAUCCAUCUGUAUCAACUAAUUCUGCAAGAGGUGGCAAAUCUGAACGUAUUUCUUCCAAGAUUACUAGAGACUCUAGCCGUGUUGAAGUACGUAAUCGUGUACGAGCCUUGUCCCCAACUCUCAUGAAAGACAUCAGUUGUGAAGACGACAAGGGAAGGAUCAUGGAAGAAGUAAUGAAAACCUACAUUAAACAGCAAGAAAAACUAAAUACCAUUUUGCAGAGGAAACAACAACUUCAAAUGGAAGUAGAGAUGUUGAACAACUCUAGAGCGAUGAAGGAACUUACUGAAGAGCAGCAGAAUUUACAGAAAGAGCUUGAAUGUUUGCAGACUGAGCAUGCUCAAAGAAUGGAAGAAUUUUAUUUUGAGCAAAGAGACUUGGAGAAGAAACUGGACCAAGUGAUGAAGCAAAAGUGUACCUGUGACUCCAAUUUAGAAAAAGACAAAGAAGCUGAAUAUGCGGCACAGCUAGCAGAAUUGAGGCAGAGGUUGGAUCAUGCAGAGGCAGAUAGACAAGAGCUUCAGGAUGAACUGAGACAAGAACGAGAGGCAAGAGAAAAGUUAGAGAUGAUGAUAAAGGAAUUGAAGCUACAGAUCUUGAAAUCAUCAAAAAAUGGGAAAGGAAAAUAGAAAUUGGAAGAGGGAAACGUGACUCUGUCCUUCUAACAGGGCGUUUUGUUUUUUGAUGAAUUGUGAGCAGUUUAUCUGUGUGAUAAGAAGAGUGGUCUUUACAGAUUUCUACUUCCCAGACAAGUCCAGAGGAAGAUAUGUAUAUAGAUAGAGAGAUAGAAGCAUAGGUAUAAAAUUUUAGAUUUUCCUAACCAAUGAAAAUCUGCAUUUAUUUCUACUGAUGUUUUUCUCAAACUAUGAAAAAUAUGAAACUUUUUUUGAUUUAGAAUGAUCAAUUUCUGUCUAUUUCUAAUGCAAUCUUGAGGACUCUGUACCUUUUAAAAAACAGCAUUGUAUGUUAAAAUAUAUGUGGUGGUCUUUAUUUUGCUAUCAAUUGCACAUCCAGUUAAAAAAGUACAUUAAAAUUUUUUUGGAAUUCUCCAAGAUCAAAAAGAGUGUGGGUUUCGGAGAGAAUUAUAUGUUCUCACUCUCCCAGAAAAGCAAAGGUAGCUUUUCAUUUGCAGGAUAAUGCUCAAAAUCGCCAGAAUGAUGAAGAAAGAUAAUUUACCAGCUCAGUUUUUUUCCCCAUAAUUUCAUUGUGUGAAUUAUCAAGCUGAUCUUUUUCAUUAUUUGCUAUUUCACAACUCAGCAUCAGUCUAAAGAGUUUUAGAACCAGCAUUUAGUUACCAUGCUGGAAGAAGAAAACUUUUUUGUGAAGAACAGCAAUUAAAAUGGGAUCUUCAAAAAUUCACCUAUUUUAUUUUGUUUUCUUCUAUAUAGCAGAUAUGAAGGAAACGUUAAUAAAAGGCGCAAAGGUAGGGGUUUUCUUCCUAGAGAGUGAGAAAGCUUGACUAACAGUGUUUUUCAAAUAUUAAUGCUCUCAAAAAAAUUAUAAAAAAAUACAAAUUAGUUUCUUUAAUAUCCCAUGCCUCCACACUUCCAGCUUCUUGCCAACUUCUGGAUUUUUCAUCCAUUGCAUAGAGCAGGCCUUAACUGACAUUGUGGUAAUUAUUUAGGCGAUUCUAAUUCUGAGAUAUGGCACUUUGAAAAUCAUUUUGAUAGUUUCUGUAUUUGAAUGGCAUGGUAAUAUUACCAUGAAUUAAGAAAUACAGCAUGUUUGUUAAGCUAUAAAAUUUGAAAACGUGUAAUUGUACAGAAUUUCUGUUUUGUAUAUAUAUAUACAUUUACUUGAGUACUUCCGAAGUCUGGCUCCCGAUGGGUUAAAUGCAUGACUACAAAGUUGGAUGAAGAAACACAUUUUUGCACUUCUCUCCAAAAAGUUUGGUAUAGCUGACAGAUGUUAGCUGAUUAUGUCAAUGCUUAGAAAUAUUUUAAUAGUCUUAAUAUUUCACUACGUAAUUUUAACCUGUACUCUAGCUUCGUGUGUUCUUUAAGGUGCUUAUGAUUGUUAUUAUCUUAAAAAUUCAAUUAAUUUUGGAUGAAACCACUAGUAAAAGCUUAGAAUCAAUUUUUUUUCUGAACUAGUAAAACUGAAGGCUUCGCAUUCUUUUUCUUCUCUCUUUCAGUGGUAUGAUAGAACUGUGUAUACAAAGAAAGAUAAAAUUGCACAGACCUUAAAUUGAAUGAGAAGUGGGAUGGUAAAUUAAAAAUAAAUGUCAUGGAGUCAUAGAAUGAUUCUUUUAUAGCUCUGCAUAAUUUUGCUUAUGGACUGUGUCAUAUUUACACUGAGGAUUAUAUUAGGUUAGACAAAAAAUAUGAAACAAUAUUUUUGGAUAAAGCAUUGCUUUAAAAAAAAAAAAAAGCCUGUUUUCACAGCCUACUGAUGGUUUGGAAGGAAAGGUGCUGAGUAUAAAUGAUUCCUGUUGUGUAUCCACCACUUGCUUUAAAAACACAGUGAAUGUUUUAUUAUCAUAAUAACCAAAAAACAUGGCUAUGGGGAGAGUAGACAGGAAUCUGGGUAGAAGCAUGGUUAAUAGGAACUGGAGCUUGAAGUAGUCUAAUUUGAUUGACAGAGCUGAACUUGGAUUAGCUAGAUUGGCAAAUAAGAAAACACUGCUCUGGGAAAAAACACCGUUUCAUCCGGGUAUCAUCAAAGGAUCAAAACGUAUCCUUUCUAGUUACUUUUCAGUACCUGUUUUGAACCAAACUUGUUCAAUUGUCGAUGUAGAUAAAG